CCUCGCGCAAAGGGAGCAAUUCCGGCGGUUCCCGCGACUCUUACACCCAAAUUGGUAAACAGUUGCAAGGUCAGACUGAGGCGUUAUCUAGAAGAGGAAGGAAUGAAAGGGUUAGAAAGAGAUGAUGGUGAACCGACGCCGGGCGUCGUUGUGGCAACAACAUAUUUAUGGAGUCGUUCUUGUUGUCACUCCGAUACUUGUUUGGCGCCUGUCGAAUACUAA